AUGUGUUUGUUUUUCGUCGUUCAGGAUCAGCUGUUACAAGCGCAGCGAAAUCAAGACCUUAUUGAAGAAGAGGAAUAUUAUGAUUCGGUAAGUGUUAAAAUCGCCUAUUCUGCUCGAAACACUGCUGUUAGAAUUUAUCCAAGCCUAAUGUAAAUCUUUGCCGCAUGUGUUCUCGGUUAAUUUUGUUUUUCAGUUGAUUCUGAUCUCAUCUGCCUUCCUGUUAAAUAUAGUGAUAAUUUUGUUUCAGAUAAAAGAGAACCACCGCCAGGAAGAAAAAGCGCUCAACGAUUUCUCCGAUUAUGUCAAUCGAACGUCUGACUACACAGUUCUC